UACGCACAAACGUUGUCAAUAUUUACUUUGGCUUUGUACAAUAGCACAGGCUGCUCAUUGUGAUACAUACUACUUCAUUGAGAGGACGCAAUAGCUAACAGGACUGUACGAAAUGAGCACCGAAAAGAGUGUGACGAAGGAACUGAUCGGCAGCAAUGGGGCAACCCCGGCCCAGGGCGACAAAAAGAAGAAAAGUUGUUGCUCAAUCGCCGACAGAAUCCCGGCGCGGUACAUCCUGACCGCCCUGUUCUUCUUCGGCAUCGUGGCGCUACAGACUACCAGACACGGCUUCAGCGUCGCCAUUGUCGUCAUGACCAACCGUUCAGCGUCUGCGAGAGCCGUUAACCAAACAGCCAUAUAUCACGACUGCCCGAGCAGCGGGCCUAUUAACGUGUCUGUACAGAGAGCAGGCGGUGAUCGUGAGCUGGGAGAACGUUUUGAGUGGAGUGAGAGCAUCAAGGGAACCUUACUUGGAGCCUACUUCUAUGGCUACAUCAUCACUCAGGUUGUGGGUGGGGUGUUGGAACAGAAGCUUGGCGGGAAGAUUGUGUUCGGGACCAGCCUGAUGCUAGCGGCCGUGCUGAACGCGCUGGGGCCUGUAGCGGCAAGGUCCGGCGCCUGGUCCAUGUUCGCCGUGCGGUUCUGUCUGGGACUCGUGACAGGUGUUUCCCUGCCAGCUAUGUACGGAGUCUGGGGCCGGUGGGCGCCUCCUACAGAACGGACGAGACUGCUGGCAUUCUGCUACAUAGCCUUGUCCUUCGGCGGUGUCAUCACCUUUCCGUUAUCGUCCAGCCUGGCAGAUGAGUUUGGCUGGCCUGCCGUCUUCUACAUCCCUGGGAGUUUUGUGGCCGCCUGGCUGGUGGCUUGGGUGCUUCUGGCGUAUGACUCGCCUUCAAAACAUCCAAGAAUUCUGGAGAAAGAGCAGAAGUACAUCGAAGAUGGCAUCGGUAUGAAAACUCAACAGAAACUGCCAGUGCCGUGGCGACAUGUCCUGACGUCACUUCCUGUCUGGGCCCUGAUCGUGGGACAGUUCAGCUCGCUGUGGGGCACAUACCUGCUGCUGACGCAACUGCCCAACUACAUGAAGAACGUGCUGGGCUUCAACAUCAGGACGAACGGGUUGCUGUCUGCCCUUCCCCCUCUCCUGGCGAUGAUAUCAAUGAUGCUGUCCAGUUUCCUGGCAGACUACCUCAUCAAACGCGGGACUAUCCGUAAAGUGUGGAUCCGCAGGAGUUUCGUGAUCACAGGGUUCACCGGCAUGGUAAUCUGCGGGAUCGUGCUGGCUAACCUGGGCGGAUGUGACCGUACCGCUGCCGUGGCCCUCCUCUGUCUCCUGCAGGCCUUCAGCGGCACGACCAACGCCGGCUUCCGCGCGGUCCACAUCGAGUUCGCGCCCAGGUUCAGCGGAGUCACCUUCUCCCUGGCCAACACGGCGGGGACCCUGCCGGGCAUCUUCGCGCCGAUGUUGGUCGGAGUCGUCCUGGAGAAUGACCCCACGGUUGCCGGCUGGUCUAAGGUGUUCUACACGGGAGCGGCCAUCCAGGCUGCCGGGUGUGUCUUCACCGUGGUGUUCAUGCGCACUGACGUCCAGCCGUGGGCUCGGGGAGAGGGCGACCAAGGAGCCAAGAAUACUGUACCAGAAAACUACAAAGACACCCUGCCUGGAAACGGACAAGCUGAGAUGAGUGCUAAAAAGUUCCUGGAGGAGGAAACAAACGUGUAAAUUUGCUGUGUGUGACCAGAACUACAAGACCGGCAAAGUCAUGGUCAACGUCAUGAUGUUAUUUUUUUCUUCUUUGAUGGUGAAACGUUGUGUUGUGUGAAUGUGCAUAUGAGGUUACCUAUUUCUGCACAUUUAUAUAGCUUUAAUGUUAAUGUUGUAAUUACUUCAGAGGGUAAAAUUAAAAGUUCUGUUUAUCAGUAAUUUUGACAUUACAAAUUAUUGUACUUAAACCAUAUUUUUAAAACAAAUAAGUGCUCCUUUUAUUCGUAAAGCCUGUGUAAAUUUCUAUUUUCUUGUGUAUUCAGACAACCUGGGCAUAAGCUUAGCCAAGAAUUCUCAAUACCCCAGGAAGGCCAUAUUGUUACUUCAACCAUUUCAGUCAAACUAAGAACACACAUCUUUCAGCACUGCUGGACUAUGCUAUGGAGAAUUUGUUUUGUUACCAAUAAGUAUACAAUAAAGUUGUAAGAUACAUGUGCAUAAUACCUUCCUGAUAAAUAUAAUAACACUUUGAGGAUAAAAUACAUGUACAAGCAUUUUUUCUGAGUACUGCACAGUAUUUACCCUGAUUCCAUAGAUACAUGUAUAUACACACAAAAUACUAACCUGUACUUUGAGGACUCACAACAUUACUCUUAAUAGAAUUAUCCACACCUCAUAAAAUAAUGACAGCAUACAUAUCAUACCAAUGUACCAUCCUUACAAUAAAACCUUUGACCCUCUUAUUG